GGAGACAGAAUGCCUUCUGUUGAGGGUGACCUCUAAGUGACCUUCGCAGCCCAGAAUAUGGGUUGGCCAGAAAGAGUUGGUGUGGAGGCUUGAAGUAGUGUUAGGAGAGCGAUCCCUUUAAGUGCGUUGGUAAUUAUAUUAAAAGGUUUCGUUUAAUGGGAAGUAUAUAAAAAAAAAUUGUAGUACGGACUGUAUUAUUCCCUUUGCUUGCACUCGGGAAAAAAGACUUAGAACUUAAAUCCAUGGCAUAGAUUAUACACUUAAUAUAUUUGAUUGAUCCAUGGUUAGGUCUAUGACUAUAACCUAAGAAUUGUUCUCUUGUUUUCAUUUUCCCUUUCAAAUAUACAAGUAAACAAUAAAAUCAAAGAAUGAAUAAUUUAACAGGAAAUAAAAUUUUGAAAACUAUUACAGGAUUGCGAAGUUUUAGUAGUUGUUCUGCAUUAUUUACGAAAAAUUGGCGCGUCGCAAGAGGUCUUCCAGUGAACCGGAAUGCUGAAGGAAUUCUGACCGAUGGCCCGGAUUACACCUUCCUUGAUGGAAGACCUACACCUUUGUUGCAUAAACAAAAACUAAGGAUGCAACGACAGAGGCAACUAGCUGAACAGAUAGUGACAUUAUCCUCCGAACUGCAGUUUGCCAAAGAUAGAUAUCAGAAAAUACAAAAAGAAGAACAAGAGAAACGACAAGAAAUCUUAAACAACAGACUCAAACCAAAAGGAAUGAUGUUGCAGAAGAAAAAUUUAUCAUAAAAAAUGUAUUUGUAAAGUAGUUGUAAAUGAAUUAGAAAUUGAAAUAAAGAAUACUGUUAUUUCUGCCUUACUGUAACAAAUUGAUUAUGUAGUAUUUUUGGCAGACCUGUUGUAUAAUGUUAUUGAUAUUAAAUUAUAUUUAGUAA